ACGCCACGCCCUCCGGGUAUAAAUGCCGCGGCUGGGGGCGAUUUCUGAGAGACGUCCUGUGUUUUGGUGAUCCACCCGGACGAUAGCAGCAUGGCAGGAGUCAGCAGCAUGGCAAAACCUCAGUUUGGUCCGUGGCUGAUAGAGCAGGUGCAGGGGGGUCAGUACGAGGGACUUUACAUGACUGGCACGGACACCUUCCGCAUCCCCUGGAAGCACAAUUCAAGAAAAGAUUGUGGCAACGAAGACAACAAAAUAUUCAGAGAGUGGGCUGUGGUGAGUGGCAAAAUAUGCGAGUAUCCCAAUGACAAGGCCAAGUGGAAGACCAACUUCCGGUGCGCUCUCCACAGCCUCAAGCAGUUUGAGAUGGUGCAUGAUAACUCCAAAGACUCUGAGGACCCCCACAAAAUCUACCGUGUCAUCCGUCAUGACAACCUCCAGGAGAGCCAGAAUAUUCACAUUCAAGACACGUACAACACAGCAGACAUGCCUGUAAUAAUGGAGCAUGAAGAUUUGCUAACCCACAUGGACACUCUGCAUCUCAAUCCACAUUCUGAAAUCCAGCCGUGGCCAGCCUAUCCACAGCCUACUGCAGACGCAGGCAACUACUUUGCAAACCCUUUGACGGGAGUUAUUCUCCAGCCUGGCAUGCACAAUAACAUACCAGCUUCUGUUCCUUUUCUAGCACAACAACACUACACUACAGUGCCCCACAAUCCAUUUGAGAACCUGCCGUCUCCCUACGAGCUGGAGAUUUCCAUUCACUACAGGAAAGCUGAGAUGCUAAACGUGCGGCGCUUAGCUCCACUUGUUCAGCUUCACUACCACUGCCAUCUGUCUGAGCUGAGGGGUGAGUCCAUCCCUUUCCCCAGCACUGAAAGCCUCAUCGACCACAAGCAGGUCCAGUACACUAAGCGCAUUCUGGACAGCAUCCAGAGAGGCCUGCUGUUGGAGGUGACCUCAAUGGGCAUCUAUGGCUUUCGACAGGACAAGUGCAACGUGUUUGUCAGCACCAGUGAUCCUGCUGAGAUUCAGAACCCAGAGCCCAAAAAACUGCUCCAGAACUGCAGGGAACUACUGUUCAGCUUUGAUAAAUACAUGAAAGAUCUCAGGGAUUUCAGGGAGAACUGCCGUGGAUCUCCCGAGUACACAAUCUAUUUGUGCUUUGGGGAGAAAUUCCCAGAUGGAAAACCACUAGAGAAAAAACUCAUAGUUGUAAAGGUUGUGCCUUUGAUCUGCCGUGAGCUUCACAAGAGAGCACAGAUGGAUGGAGCAUCAUCUCUGCAGAAUGACAACAUCAGCCUGCAGAUCUCCAACAGCUUGUUUGACCUCAUAGACUCCACAUUCUUGCCACCCGCAGCUGACUGAGGAUUGCACAGUGCUCCCUGUGCCAACUGAUAAACACCACUUUAACAAAGUUACGUUCCUCACUCCUUAUCUCUCACUGUUACAUACUGAUAUACCAGAUCAGACAAUAAUCAUGCGUACCAAAUGUAACUCAUAUGAUAGUGCAACUAUAAAAUGGAAUGGCCAGAUGGAAGGUAGUCUCAGCCUUAUGAUCAACUUUCACUAGUUUUGACAUUACCAAGAAUUCUCAGUAGAACACCCUGACUUACUUAGAACUUGGAAAAACCCUCAUAACUCUAGCAGUCAGCAGAUCGCAAACCUGUUUUUUUUCCCCAGAGGGACCAGUCUGUUGACAGUUGAUAAGAAAAUUUCUAAAGCCUAAAAAAGGAACAAAGGCUUAAUUUAGCUUCUUGCAGUUUUAAUAUUGGUCAAGUUGCAUAAUUGGAUUUUUUUUUUCAUUUUUAAUCAGAACCCAAGUCUUUUCACUCACUUUCACUAAUGAGGGUCUAACCUCAUUUGGGUAUUUUAUCUUCUAAUGAAGAAUUCCCCUUACUCUGCCCAAAGGGCUACUCUUGUAAUACCUUCUUGUCUGUUACUUUAAUAUAUAAUAUUUUAUUUACUUAUUUGUGGAUUUUACAAGCUUGUGCCUUUGCUUGUUCCUGUGUAUGACUGAUCAUGUACACGUAAAUAAAAUAAAACAAAGAUGG